AUGGGGCCGCCGCCGCUCAAGCUCAACGUCGGCCGAGAUGGGGACAGAAUCGGCGCGCUCCACGACGACCUCCUCCUCGGGAUCCUCGAGCGCCUCGACCUGCGCGACGCGGUCCGCGCCGGCGCGCUCUCGGCGCGGUGGCAGCACCUCCCCUACCGUCUCUCGCGCCUGCACCUCAACGCCGGCCACUUCCACCGCGCCACGCUGUUCGAGGGCAUGGACGCGUUCGAGGACGCGGCGUGCAGGCUGCUGUCCGUGUGUCCUUCUCCGGCCGCCGGCAAGAGCCCUCGUGUCAUCGAGACCCUCGCCCUCACCUUCUGCGUGUCGGCCCCUCACCUGAGCUCCAUCGGCCGCGCCGUUGAGGACGUCGUCAGCCGCGGCCACACCAAAUGCUUCCAGUUUGACAUAUGCUCCCGAUGCAGGGACGGCACUAGACGCACAACCCAGCUGCUCACAGAGUUAGGGAAGCAGUUCAUGUCAUUCUCCAGCGCCCACCCUGUCGCCUUCGGGUGGCUCACGUUUCUUACACUACAGGACCUCGCAUUUGGGGAUUCCGAUGUCGCAGACCUCAUUCGUGGUUGUGAUAAGCUCAAGGACCUCAAGUUGAGAUCCUGCAGGCUGGUUGACCGACACUCUGCGCUCAAGAUCGAAACGCCGCAUGCCGGGCUUGAGAAUCUUUGGUUCACCAGAUUUCGUUGCGCACUGAUCGAGCUUAUCUCUGUCCCUAAGCUCAGGACAUUCUGGUGUUGGAGCCGCAAAAACCCUCUGGUGCGCUUCGGCUAUGUUCCUGAGCUUUACAAAGUGGAACUCGGUUCUCAGGCCAAGGCAUCGCAAGUGCCAUUUGCGCUGAGCGAGUGCUUUUCAAGGAGUGCCACAAACCUGUCUAAACUGUAUCUCAAUUAUGGCUGUCAAAUGAAUUGGAUUAAACCAGAACACCCGAAGGAGCUCACUUCUAUAUUCAACAACCUGAAUAGUUUGGCGCUUUACAAUAUCUUUUCGGAGUGUGACCUGAGCUGGACCUUGUUUAUCCUUGAAGUUGCACCUGCCCUGCAGAAAUUCAGAUUAUCUCGAACUCAACACCCAUUUGUCAAAGUGUCUAAGGACAAUGCCGAGAAGACUAACAUUGUGUGGGAACCAUCCAAGGGUUUGAAGCACCUGAACCUGAAGUUAUUUAUAAUGUUUGGGUUCGAGGAUGAAGACAAGGUGACAAACUAUAUAAGGCUUGUCAUGGAACAUGCCGUGGGCUUGAAAAGAAUCGAGUUGCAUGGUAGAAGCCCAUGCAAUGGGUGCGAUGCCAUCGACCUUGAGUCCCGGAGAAGAAGAUCCCAGGCGGAUGAAGCCAGCAGGCAUCGGAUUAAGGAGCAACUCACACAUGGAUCUUCCUCGUCCGUGGAGAUAGUAAUCUGCUGA